AUGACUGGCCUUUCGGUGGGCGAGGUUUCUGGCUUGAUUGCCGCUGGAGUGUUCGUGGACAAAAAUUCCGUAUCAACCUGGGCGGUUCUCGGACGCGCUCUCCAUUCAUCCCACUGGCCGACCAUCUUGCAGACAGACACAGCAACCCCGACGGGAGUGGAGCGCAGUGUGAGGCUGGCUGGAUGGCUCCAACCCGCCUUCUUGUUCGUGAUUUCAGUGGCGGCCAUUGUCACGCCGCUCGGAUUAUACAGCUCGAUCGAGCCGGCCGACUCACCCACGACGGUCGCCUUUAGCUACUCAAAGGACCCCUCGGCCUUUGGUGAUGGCACUCCACCACGAAGCAGCUGGCCGUUCACUGGGGUAUGCGGCAAUGGUAUUCCGUGCCCUGGCACAACCCUGAACGAAACUUGCGCCAAGCAGGGGCUACUACAGAAUUGCACCAUAAGCUACGACCCCAGGAUCCCAGCAGCAUUGGGAACUCUGUUCAGCGAUGGUGCCUCCAGCUUUAGCCCCUCCGUUUCGAGUAUUUUCGAUAUACAGUGGCGGACGUAUGUCCGCUUACAGGACGCGUACAGCACUUUCAAGUACUAUAUGAGCGCCGGGUAUCGGCAGCUAGAGACCUUGAUUCUCAACGAAGGACCCCAGGUCAUUGAAGGACUGAUCGUGGACAUGGACUCGGGAGGUAUUGGAUUUCGCAAUCACUCUAUUCCUACAUCUAUUCUCGAGUAUGGCGCCACUUGGGAGGAGGACAUCCUGUUCGUGCAACCGGAGACCCAGUGUGUGAAUCUGAACGUCACCUUGGACUUCCAGUAUGGUAGCACUACAUCCAACGGGACCGUAGUGUUGACUGAUCGUGGUGGAUUCUCUGCCUUGAGUCGGCAAGCACCAAGCAUGAACCUCCCAAGCAACGCGCAAGGGAAGAUCAAUUUGCAACAGCGGGCAUACAAUGCCGCCUGGUUGAAUAACUUCCUAACAUUGGUAUACUUCAACGCCACCGGUGAGAAUCCAUCGAACAUCACUCGCUUGGAUGUGACACGCGGGCAAAAUUUUCCCGUCGACAACUCGAGUUUCUCGGUUUAUUCGACAGCUGUACAGUCUUCUCUGUACUUUGGCAGUUAUCUGAAUUUCAACAAAACGAACCCGUACAACAUCAGUGCGAACAAUUUUCAAAUCAUCAAUAAUAUUUGUGGCGGAACAUCGCCCGGAAGCCCUGCCAACAUCGAUAGCAGCAUCGUCGGAUGUGCGGUUCUGUAUGGCGCCGCGACACGUAUAGACGGCGGCUCCAAUCUUAUCAUCGAUCCUUUGUCGAAGUGGUCCGCCCCAAUAUACAGCUGUGCUAGUGCGGUUCGAGCCAAAGUUCAGACCGUCUCUUUCCGUUACAAUGGAACAGGCCUCGGAGCGCUCAAGGCGACAUCAAUCAAGCCAAAGACCUACUCGAAUCCUUCUAGUUUUCCUCGGUGGGCGGUUCAAAAUCUAGACUGGCUGCAAUUCUCUGACGCGAUGCCCAUGUGGGGGAUCCUCGGGUCUGCGAACUCGAGUCAAAAUCCCCUCGCAGCGGCAUGGAAUAUGUCAACCAUUGCUGCCGAGAGUCUCUAUCUACCGGGCUUCAUGGACUGGCUCUAUAUCACGUCGGCUGCGCCAGUGCCCGUGUUGCCAGCCUCGCAAAAUUUGCCCGCCUUGAAUUUCUACUCUCAGGCUCUCUACACCGCGUUGAAUAUCGGCCCGCCCUCCGCAAGGUAUUCAGGAUACCAGGGGUACGCAGAUUACUCCGGCUGGAGCAGCCUUGGGGUCUACGCCAAGUGGCAAAAGCUCAGCACCUCCGCUGAGACGGUUUCCCAGAUUCUCAAUCUGGUGUGGACGGACGUUGCGGCGAAUGCAGUCGUCGGCACGCGAGGCUGGGGACUUACUUCAGCUGCAUCUACCGACCCGACGGGGUUUGCUCCCAGCGCCAACAUUUCCUCGACGGACGUGAAUACUGCUCCGUCGAGUCAGAUUCCUGUCGUGCUUUACCAUCAGAAGAUUCGAUAUCGACUCCCGUUCGCGGUCCCUGCUUUUGUCACACUUGCCAUCACGCUUGUCGUUCUCAUCAUGCUCCUGUUGCUUGCCAUCCGAGGUAAGACCGGCGUGAAGCAGAUGCGCAAGUUCCUCGAUGCAACCUCUAUGGGUCGAAUCACCGCACGAUUAUUAUGGAAGCCCGUUCUGGACCAGGAAACGAAGAGCUUUGUCAAUGAGUAUGGGAAGCGGCAUGUCACGAUCACAUACACUGCCAUCAUUCUUGAGGAAGGGGAUGCCGCGGACGAACCGGAAAAGUCAGACGAGUCGAACCAACUUGGGGAGGAUGCGACGUCGAAUCUGCUGAAUUGGUAA